AUGUCCUCACUAAUAACUGCCGUAUUUAAAGCCACUAUCGGCCUGGUGGUGAAAAAGGGAAGGGACAAACUGGCCGAAAAGUUGGAUGAAGGCGAUCUUACAGAUCAGAAAUUCCGAGGCAUGAUCGUCCGUGAAAUUGACGAAAUAAGGAAGAAAUUAGAUGGUUUAGCAAGAAAGGAUUUGUUGGCAAGUAUCAGCUUUUUUGAGGAAGGAAUUGUGCUGCUGUACGAAGUGUUUGAAAAGGCCAGAUUCGAUUUCUCAAGUGAUUACAGCUCAGUAACAUCACAAGGAGCAGUUGGGUCAGCUGAUGCUGAACCAUGGGGUCUGACUGGAGGACUGAGACAGCUGACGCUUACUGGUCUCGAUGAAGCAGCUUCAAGGAAGCUUACCAAUGCGAAAAAGAGGUUCGAACGUGCCCGUGAAAGAGCUACUGACGCGUUUGCAAAUGAAGCCUUGGUACUAUCUGACCGCGUGCUAGCAAUGCAAUAUCGGGUUAUGUCGACGAUACUAGAAACUGUGGACAAUCCUGCAGACGCAAUGGCGGCCUGCGGACUGUGUAUUAAAGAACUUCACUGUUUGCCUGGUAUAAAAGAAUGCUUCAAAGUAGAGCUUAAGAGGGGCUUCAGGGCUUGGUUGAGUAAAGACGAACGCGGGAAACUUAUUUCAACGGUAUGUCUCAUCAAUCGCGCUGUCUACGAUGUCACGUUAAUAGUCGAUUUUGGCCGCCAUAACCUAGAAAACUGGCCUUGUGUUGAUAUUGGAGAGAAAGAAGUCAGUCCGCUCCGUAAUGAAAGUAUUGCGAUUGCUAAAGUGCUGAAGAAAUACGGCAUGGAGAACUGCUCUGUACCAUGGUCAUUGGGUCAGGACAGUACAGAGAUGCAUGAGCCUUGCCGCAUCGCUACAAGCGCCCAGGGACAUUUCCUGAUAGUAGACCUGUGGGGUCCUCCCGUGAAGGUGUUCGAUAACAAAGGAAAUUUCUAUCUUAGCUUUUUUCCUGAAAAGCAUAAUCUCUUUACAAAGUCCAGAAUUAUAGAUAUUGGCAGUGCGCAUGCAGACAUGGACGGGAAGAUCUAUUUACUGGUUGAACAAGAGCAAAUAGACCCGUCAACUGGGAAAUUUGAUGCGUUUGCAGCGUGUGAAAGACUUUUGGAAGUGCAGGUUUUUAACAAGACCGGUAACCUGCUGCACACUGUUUCUGUGAGAAGCCUAGGACUAACGCCCUUGGCCAAACUAACAGUGACCAGUAGCAAAUUGCUGUUGUUGAUUGUUGGACUAGAUAGUGAUGAGAAAGUUGUUGAUGUCUACGAGCUGAGUGGUGAGUCUCUUGGCACAUUUGGUGAAGGUGUGUGGACGUCGCCAACAGAUAUCACUGCUACUUGUGAUGGUCACGUCAUGAUAGUGGAUCAUCCAAACCAAUAUGAUUCCUGCGUUUACGUAUUCACUGUUGAGGGACGACAGCUUACCAAAUUUAACAUCGGAAUCAGAGGGGAUUACUAUCAUUCCAUUGCAUGUCACCCGACAGGCGAACAUGUCGUCGUUGCUGGUUGUGCAAGAGAGUCACCACACCUCCUGAGGUUGGCUAUAUACACUGCCGAUGGCGCGUAUGUACAGAAAAUUCAAUUAGAUGAAGAAGUUAUCUUCAGUGCGCUGCUUUCUUUUCUAUAUGGAGUUUCAGUGACCAUGGAGGGUCACAUUGCUCUCUCUUUUCAAGACAAAGAUGCCAAUCGAAAGGUCAUCGUUGUGUAA